AUGAAGAAAGAACAAUUUGUUUACAUAUCAAUAUGGUGCUCAACUGUAAUUUACUCGAUUUAUCGCUUUUCCACGGCCACGCAUAAAUAUUUCCAACAUUACCGUGAUAAUUUCGGAGAUUUCACGCGAGGAAUUGCGUUUUUGUCGAGCAAAAGGGACAAAUCAGACAUAGAAUUCGAAGCAAUUUUGUUUAUUACCGAAAAUCUGCUACCUUGGCUGCUGGUUCAUCUCUUAGUAGGCCGUUUUAUUCGAGUGUACGUGCAAUCUCCUCGAGUGCUAAAAGUGUGGCAAAUACUCUUCAGUGUAACAUACAUACUCCUUAAAUUGAAUUUUAUGUGUCUAUUAAUUCUAUCGAUUCAACCGCUGGUAUUCUACGUAGUGAAACGAAUUUACCCGAUGAAAACGACAAUAAUUUGGUUAUUGACCAGUUCAUUUUUAGUUAUAUUAAAUUAUUUAAAAUCUACGAUAAGCGAUAAGGAGCCCUUGGAAACAUUCCAACUAACAGAUUGCGAAUUGUACUCAAUAAUAAUCGGUUUGUUCUGGAUGAACUUGAAAUGCACCAGUUACAAUUUAGAAACGGAUAAAAUAGAUUUGCUGGAUUUCUUUUCCUACUGUUUUUACCUACCCACGUUUUUCACGGGUCCUUUUUUGUUAUACGAAAACUUCCGGAGGUCUUUCGAGCUGUCCAAUCCUCCACCGGACUUCACCAAAUUCUCCAAAAAUGUGGCCAAAGGUUUACUUUAUUUGCUCGCCCUGUACACAACGUUGCACUUCGUCUACGUCAAUGCCGUUGCUUAUCAUUUACAGUUCAUCAACGAUCUAGACAGCUGGUGUUUGUACGGUUACGGCUACACGAUGGGCCAAUAUUUCCACAUCAAGUACCUCGUGCAAUACGGCUUGAGUACCAGCAUGGCCUCCUGUGAUGGCGUGAAAGUACCGAAUUUACCGCGUUGCAUAGGCAGGGUACAUUUGUACUCGGACAUGUGGAGGUACUUCGACAUGGGUUUGUACGAGUUCCUCGUCAAACAUAUUUACGUACCAUCAUCAGGUCUAUUUGAGGGUAAUAAACCGUUGAGGAGUUUCCUGUGUUUCGCCUUCGUGUACUUCUGGCACGGUCUGGAAAAGCACGUGUUAGUGUGGAGUUUGUUGAAUUAUUCCGGGAUAAUCGUGGAGAAUUUGUGGAUGAAAAAGAAGGAAGAAUGCGGAAGAAAAGAUUGUUUUUUCAUGGCAGUUUUGCUGGCAAUGUCGGCAGUUUCGAAUUUUUACUUCUUCGCAGGAACUGAUGUAGGGAACGUUUUCGUGAAGAGAUUGUUUACGGAUAUUCAGGGAUCAUUGUGGCUCUUAUUGGCCUUGUACUGUUGCUGUAAAACGUCAAUUGAAUUACGGAGGGUA